AUGUUGAUUUUAUUCUCAAUUUUCGUAAUUUUCCCAAUUGUUUUCGCGGAUUUCGAACCCUCAAUUGAAUCGUGUUUGGCGUGUCAGGACAAAAAUCUGACAUUGGCUCAAGACAUCGUGGGAAAGGUACUACUAAAAUUAUUUUUAAAUUUUGGAAAAAUCUGAAUUUACUUCAGGAAUGCAAAGAUCGAUUUGAUAACGAGGCGUUGAUUGCUCAUUGUAAGGAGCCGAUUGGGGAUAAAAUAAAAGCGGUGAAAAAAUGGACGCAUGUCGGACAUUUUUAUGAUAUGAAAAGUUGCAUUCAGGCGGAAUUGUGUCCGAAAAUGGAGCAGUGUAAAUAUUGA